UUGGCUUCCUCUCGCUCGCGAGACAGCGAGCCCAGCAACUUGCCUUGGUGAUCCACGGCAUUCAAGAGAAAGGCUACCUGGAAUUUAUAGCGCAAAAGAGACAGAGGCAAUGCGGAAAUAGGUGGACAGUUCAUGUCACCGAGUUUGCAUCCCACUCCCAGGCUGAGGAUCUGAGAGUUCGCGGGGAUUGCAAUUAAGUGACAAGAAUUCUUUUUAUUUUCCUUCCUUUUUCUCAGCGCGUAAAAUUGCCAGCUUUAAACUACACUUCACGGAGGAUUUGAAGCAUUCUUUUGCAUUUGACAUUGGGCUGAGAAGAAAACAAAUUAUACCUGAGGAUCAAAGCAACACACUUUUUCUUGUGAGCAUCAACAUGGACGUGUUGGCGAAUUACAGUAUUUUUCAGGAACUUCAGCUGGUGCACGACACGGGCUACUUCUCGGCGAUGCCGUCGCUGGAGGAGAACUGGCAGCAGACAUGUCUGGAACUGGAGAGGUACCUACAGACGGAGCCCAAAAGGCUUUCGGAAAUCUUCGACGAGGAGCUCGACUGCAUCCUUACGCCAGCCUUUAUGAAGGGAGACAGCGACGAGGACCUGAUGGAUCCACUGCUCCCCAGUUUAUCCGACGAGCCCAGCCCGCCACCUCUGCUUGUAUCCCUUCCCAAAAACCUCCAUGCCCCAGCCAACACCAAGAACACCGAGGCAGGGCUGAAGGAAGCCAGCGGCGGGGUUAAUCCCGCCCAGCUAAACGCAGUCACGUCCCUCACGCCACCGUCCUCCCCGGAGUUGGGACGCCAUCUCGUCAAGCCUACGCAGACUCUUACCGCCACAGCCGAUGGCACGCUCACGCUGAAAUUGGUGGCCAAGAAAGUCGGUCUUGGGGCGGCAAAGCUGGUGGCGACACAUUCGCUACCUUCGCCACCAAACCGCGGCACACAGAGCGACGGAGAGGGAGGACUGGGAACGGUAGGCGGAGGGGAUAUUCCAGAGAACAAAAAGAGGGUCCAUCGUUGCCAGUUUAACGGCUGUAGGAAGGUUUACACAAAAAGUUCCCACCUAAAGGCACACCAGAGGACACAUACAGGUGAGAAGCCUUACAAAUGCUCCUGGGAAGGCUGUGAAUGGCGUUUCGCACGAAGCGACGAACUGACGAGGCACUACCGCAAACACACUGGUGCCAAACCUUUCAAGUGCAACCACUGCGACAGAUGUUUCUCCAGGUCUGAUCACUUGGCUUUGCACAUGAAGCGACAUAUCUAAGGCCGAGGGAGACGGGAGAGAGAGAGUGAGAGAAAACGAGUGAGAACGAAGAGGAGAACAGGUGUGCAUCGCCCAGACGGCAACAUUCACAACAGACUUUGGGUGCACAUGAGGGGUCUGGCCACAAACGUCACCAGGAGGAACAUGCGAGGCAGCGUGGGCAAACGUUGUUGGAUUCUAAAACUCUAAAAGCCUUUUCAUCAGCGAUUAGCCAUGCCUUACCAAGUGCUAGCUUGGAGGUCAGACACUGCCAAACACCACCUUUUUUUUUUUCCAAUUCCGUCAUUUUCUUUGUGUACAGUAAAUCAGCCAUUAGCAUGGAAUGGAAACUAAACGCUACAUGUAUAAAACAGAAACGCACAUGUCAUUCAUCACGUAACAUAACGGUUCUAUUAGAGAAUCAUGUUCAUUGUACAUUCUGGAACUUCCUUUUUCUUUUUCUAAGGACACGUCACAAUACUCAACCUGCAGCUAUGUCGUAUACAGCAAACAACCAAACCGGAAAACAACAUUGCCAAUACGUUCUGAGGAGUGACCAAUGGAACAAGCGGCCAAACGAAACGCCCGGACCCCCGAAGUAGGGAAAACGAAAAAAGAAAAAAUACGGCAACGCUCAGGAUGUGUGCUGACUUCUCGUACUCUUCGCUCAGGAGCGAACUCUUCUCUGCUCUUCACGCCCGUCACCUCGCGGGCGACCGAAAUGAUGCGCAGCGACACUUUCUUGCCUUUGUUUUUUUUUUUUAAAGACAGUGUUAAAAAAGAUGGUUUGUUUUCCUUCUGAGCUGAAAUGUCUUAAACUUCUGAAAAGUAAAAACUGGCUUUGUGAACACAAGCAUAAAUGUGCACAUACAGGCAACGGGAGGGAACUGUGAGCCCUUCUCAGUAUGCACAAGGUUCAGUGACUGCUAUCUGGCACUGAAACGAAACGUUUGAAGCAUAAGACGGGAACAGAAAACCCCCAAAAAAGACCGGGAUUGCUGGCUUGGUAUGAAAGGACAGAAGUCUUCUGUUUUUCAUUUUGCAUUGCUCUGAUUUGAUCCGGGAAAAGCGAACCAGAGCACGUCGGCACGGACCUUGUGUGUCGCUCUUGACACUGGAAGAAGUUCUUUUGCUUUGUGUUGAUACUGGCACCCGUGUAAGAACGUAGUAGUUUGGUGCACCGGAGGAAGCCAAUGGAGAAGACGUUAUUGAGGGGGGGAGGGACAGCUGGCAGGACGUUUGACUCUCAGAUUGGAGCACCUGCUGGGAUCAGGAUCCAAAAGAACUCGGUGGCAUCAGCCCAGACAAACUUUGCCUGUUUCGUAUCCAUUGUCUGCACUGAUUUUUUCAAUGUUCUCUGUGCUUUUUUUCAUACAGUCAAAAAAAGCUCAAAAACAAAACAAAAAAAGCAUAAAAACAAAAAAACAACUUGGAGGGAAAAAAGCAGAAAACAAAAAAUGCAUUAAAAAAAAACAAAAAACAAAAACUUCACACACACACCACAAUACAGACAGAAUGGUUUCUUUGCUCUUGGCUUUUUCCUGAGAAAAACUAAAGAAGAAAAAAAAAACGUAGAACAAUAAUUACCAAGUUAAUGAACAGCGUUAAAACGAAACACUGCAUGGCAGCCUCUUUCAGACAGAUACACACACUCGCACACACACAUGCACAGCUUGCCUCUCAGCAUUAUUUGUUUUGCACCGAAAUCUUCACAGCAGGGUUUUAGCAAUUGUUGUUUUGUAGGAUUGCGUUCCAUCCAGACGUCAGGCGUUAAAUCGAGAGCUUGUUGAUACACUCGAGUAAAUUAUGCUAAACCGGGCCUAGGUCUAGCUCUGUGUUAACAAUCAGCUUCUAAAUCGCGGGGACGAAAUAUAUAUCAUCGUUCCCAAGGUCGUGAAGCCUGCCGUGGCGUCGCAAUCAGGGCGUUUCCCUGCCGACCCUCCUCUUCUGCAUUGAUUUAACGGCUGCGAGGGUGGAAGGGAGAUUGAAAGCCAUUACGAUUCAGCGGUAGCGUGUUCGGAGUCGUCGCAGGCUCUACUAAACGAUCCCAGAGUAUCCCUCUGGAGCUUUACGAUCGAUACCGAAACUCUCAGUGCAGCACUGCCUAAGAGUGAAGGGUUGGUGCCUUUUUGUUUGAGGCCUGCUGAAGGCAGCUCUUCUAUCACACGUACACACACUCAAGACUCACACACGCUGUCACUUCCGUUUAACCACAACUUCAUGUUAAGAUUUCAUUCAGUGUCAUUUUCUCCAUCAAAAUGCAAAGUCAUGCCAAAAUUUGAACGAAACAGGAGGUGAAUUAGUUCAUCUUCACUAAUGUACAAUCAGUUGUGGUUCGUGGCACUUUUUUCCCGCAAAAAGCGGCUUGUGUAUGAGACGACUGUAUGUAUGAGUUUCUGUAAAGCAAGCAAGAAGGAUGUAAUGCUACAGUGUCAUCCCACAAUUCCACAAAUGGGGCAAUUAUUUACAGUGUACAGCAUUCUACAUGUGUCACAUUAACUUAAAAGCUUUGAAAGGGUUACAUUUCCGUUUUAGCAGUGAUGAAAAGCUACAUUUGUUUCACACUGCUCUAUUCUCCUGUUUUUCUCCCUGACUGCUUAUUCCUUCAGUCACCAUAUGGAAUACAACAGCAGGAAUGCAGGGAGCUAAAUAAAAGCUUCAUAUCAUUUUCUUUCAUGAAGCCAAUUUUCGAAUCAAGACUGAAGAUACACAUAGAAAUAUUGUGUUUAAAUACAGUGCAAAGCAACGUUAAAUGCAAACGUACAAACAAAUCUCCUUUUUGCCAACACGCUCCAGACGUUACCAAAUGAAUAUGGAAUAGGCCAAUCAGAUUCAUCCGUACACAUCCCCUCACAUAUCAAGUGCCAUUUGAAACCCCCCGAUCUCGCGCUCUCAGAACAACAGCAACGGUCCAGGCAAUCGCACAGGCGUCCGAUGCAUACUUUGCCCAAAGAUUUACGCAUUUGCAAAUAAACUGCUGGGUGCUGAAAGAGAGAAAGAAGAAAUUUGUGUUUAGUUUUAUUCUCACAGUAUCUCUUUUGCCCUACACCAGCUUCGUUCUUGAACGUCUAAGUGACCAUUGACUUGGUCUCGAGUUUGUGAGCUUGUAAAAUACGGUUUGAAUGCAAAGUUGAGGAUGAGUUUAGAGCCUACCGUGAAGUUCAGACAGCGAAUUAGUCGCAUCGGUUCUAGCGCUUCUAUAGUCAGUGCAGGUCACGCAUGUCUUUAGAAAUCAACAUCUAGCCGAUCGGUUUUGAAGCGAUCGCUCACGUAAUUCCUAACACGAUUCUGACUUAGCUGUACAGAAGACCACUUUAUCUACGGAGAUGAUUCCGUGUCGGAGCGUUUUACAUGACAGUAAGAAUGUUUGAAAACAUUCUAAGGGAACAAUUUUAAGUGUACUAGAUCUGGGCACUCUUCCAGCGAAGCUCCCUUCCCAAGCCGUUUGCUUUUUAGCUUCAAAGAGGCUUUUGGCAGCUUAAAUUUUAUACGAAAAGAUGCUUGAAACAUCACAAGGGGAUUUUAUGACAAAAGGUCAGAGGUGACAACUUUUUCGUUUUUUAUUGUCCGUAUUGGAACAACAUUUCACUGCAUAACUAACACUCUUCAUUGUUACCGCUAGCUUAGUCUGUUUAAAUGACACUGCUGUCGAUUGUCUACAUAACAUUUAGUGGCAUUUCAAGAUGCACUUAUCACAAGAACACGGGAACCAUUCAUUCUUCAGCUUAGUCAGCUUGUAGGUUCAUGCCACAGCAUAAAUUGUCUUUUUGGUCAACAGUGCAUCAAAAUAAAGUCUGCUUUUCUGCAUAUACAUUCAAAUGCUCAUCCACAUGGUUCCCCUGCAAACGCAAAUGAGAGUCGUUUGUCUUGAGAUAUACUGCAUCUUGAAGUGCGUCUGUAUCUGUGUUUGUCCAAACUUGAUAUGUCAGUACAUAAGGUUUCACCAGGUUUUUCCCUUUGGCUUUUUGUGUUCCUCACCUCCCACCCCCAUUUAUCCCACCCUGCACCUGCAGAACCAUGGUCACUUCCUGAAAACGCUAUCACUUCAGCUUUAUCCUGCAGUUGUGUGUUACCAGCUGUCAGCGAUCACUUACCUAUGAAUGUCCCUAGACAUCAUUAACCAGGGAGCAACCGGCCAACAACAGACCUCAAUGCUUUCACAGGUGCUCUCUUCCUCUCUUAUCCAAACAUGGAAAUCGCAGACAGCCGCCAGUUGGUAGAGCAGGUACAAAUCUGAAAAAAGAAAGAAAAAAAUAGAACAGUUAUGUGCCAUCUUGAUUUAUCUGUAUGGAAGUAGGACGACAUUUUGCCAUAUGUAGGCUGAAGCAUGUAGUUUCUCGCUAGAGCAGGGACCCUCAUAUUCACUGUCCUCUCUUUCCCUCGCCACAUCACUAACACUCCACCCCCUCACGUCCUGUAAUCUUCACACUCUUCCUCUCCGUUAUUUUUUUUUUUUUCUCUAUUCUGUUCUUUCCUUGUGUGUUUUUCUUUAUUGGUUCUUUUGCUGUACAAAGUGUUUAAAAUAUUAUUAUUUGUAUGAUAUAAUGUUAGUAUGGUAAUGUUCUUUAUUAAGGAAGAAGAUGAAAUUUAUUUUUGUUACUGGUCUGUUUCAUAAUUCUUUUUUAAAUUGGUAUUGUAAGAUAUCUAUGCAAGAACUGUUCAGUGGAGCAUUUUUAUUUAAGAAUGUAAUAAGUGUAAUAAAUGGUAGAAUCUGAA